UGUGGAGCAGAUGCUCCGGCGGGCCGAUUCCAUCCACCCAUUCCUCCUAUUUAGCUGCAUCUUCCCUGAAUCCAUCCUCCUGUCACUACUAGCGAUCAUCGAUCAUAGUGCUUUCAGAGUUUGAUUGAUUUGGUGGUGAAGCCGAGGAACCGGAGUGGAAGCUCUUGCUUCCAGCCAGGUCUCCGGAGCUUCGAUCCUCAGGAAAAAAUGGCCCUCCCGUCGCCGGCCGGCAUCGCGAAGCCCAGGGUUCACCUGCUAUUCAACCACAGACGCGCUAGCUCGUCCGUCACUUGCUGCAGCUACAACGGGCGGUCAUCUGAGCCCGAGGACGGAGCGGCGCCGUCCACGGACGCCGCCGACUGGCGGUCGUUCCGAGCGAAGCUCGUUCUUAAAGAGCAGUACGCGAAGAGCGUCAACCCGGCGGCCGCGGCCAUGCCGUCGCAACCGCCGCCGAAGAUCGCAGACAAGUGGGCGCACCCGCUGAUGGAGCCGGAGAAGGGGUGCCUGCUGAUCGCGACGGAGAAGCUGGACGGGUCGCACAUCUUCGAGCGCACGGUGAUCCUCCUACUCUCCGCCGGGGUGCUGGGCCCCGUGGGCGUGAUCCUGAACCGCCCGUCGCUCAUGUCCAUCAAGGAGGCGCAGUCCAUCUUCGCGGAGACGGACAUCGCCGGCGCCUUCUCGGGCCGCCCGCUCUUCUUCGGCGGGCCGCUGGAGGAGUGCUUCUUCCUGCUGGGACCGCGGGAGGCCGGCGCCGACGACGUGGUCGGCAGGACGGGGCUGUUCGACGAGGUGAUGCCGGGCCUGCACUACGGCACGCGGGAGAGCGUGGGGUGCGCCGCGGAGCUUGUGAAGCGCGGGGUGGCCAGCGUCCGGGACUUCCGCUUCUUCGACGGGUUCUGCGGGUGGGAGCGGGAGCAGCUGCGGGACGAGGUGAACGCCGGGUUGUGGCGCGUCGCCGCCUGCAGCCCCGCCGUGCUCAGGCUCACCAGCGUCGUCAAGGGCGGGCUCUGGGAGGAGGUGCAGGAGCUCGUCGGAAAGAGGAGGGUCUGGUGACUUGACUUGUACACGUCAUUUUCAUUUUGUUAUUAUUACUGUCUCGGGGUGGCAUUGUAAUUAAGAAAACGUGCAGCCACAACAAGCCCGCAACUGUCUAUCAGUGACAACUAAUUAACAAAAAUCUACAUAUAUAUUUGUUGCAUGCACAUUGUACAUAUUUGGCACGGAACAUAUUGAAAAUAGUUUUCCCAUCA